UUUUGAAAUCAUCAGCUUCCAGCCGGAAGUUCACCACUCGAUGAUCGUCCCGGUGUUUUUCAGUCUGUGCUUUAGCCUUUGAACAUUUGAAGGGUUUUAUUUCUGUUUAACACCCGUUAACGGGAGCAAAUGUCCGCGCAGGGCGACUGUGAGUUCCUGGUGAAGCGCGCGCGGGAGCUCGUGCCGCAGGACCCGUAUGCAGCUAAAGCCUGGCUCAUCACCGCGCGCACACUGUAUCCCACAGACUUCAACAUACAGUAUGAGAUGUACAGUAUCGAGCGUAAUGCAGAGAGGACGGCCUCCGCCGGCAGACUCCUGUACGACAUAUUUGUGAAUUUCCCUGAGCAGCCAGUGGUCUGGCGUGAAAUUGCAGUGAUCACUGCGGCGUUACGUAAUGACAGCCAGGACAAACACGCUCAGUUUCUCAAAG